AUGGUUAGAAGGAAUGGAAAUAUACCAAAUAAGGGCAGUUCUAGCAAGCCAAAGAACUAUUACCUCUUUUAUAAGUGUGGAAAGCCAGGGCAUUUCAUCAAAGAUUGUCCUGCCCUAAAGCAAGAACACUUCAAACACAACUCUGACAAAGCAGCCAAGAGGAACCCGAUUCCUGAUAAAUGCUUCAAAAGAAAGAACGCUGCUGACAAUGUUGUGAAGCAAGCUCUUGUAGCAUGGGGAGAUUCUUCUAGUGAGUGUGAAGAAGAAGAUGAUGCAGGUGACAACUCAAUGAUGGUAGUUGAAAGUGAAGCAAAUGAUCUUGUAAAUGAUAAGGAUGCCUUAACCUUGGAGUUAGGAAAUGCUGAACAAACUAGAGAUGACUUGGUAGUUUGUGUGGUUGAUUUGAAGGAAACCAUAGGUAAUCUGGAAAAUGAAAAGGAGGUUCUAACUGAGAGAAUCACUAGUGUAGAACAAGAAAGAGAUGAUCUGAUGGUAGUAGUAGUUGACCUAAAAGAAACCAUUGAGAAUUCCAGUAAAGAAAAUGAUGCCUUAGUGGAGAAAGUGGCUGGAAUAAGGUUUCAAAGGGAGAGAACUCCUUAUAACCCUCAUAGCAAGUAUGUUACUGUACCUGAUAAUUGGUUGUGUACUUACUGUGGGAACAAUGGGCAUUUCAAAGAAAAUUGCCAAGCCAGGGUUCAGUCUCUUCAAAAAAACAAAGUUUUUGUUGAAAGAGUAACUGCUGAAAGAGGACCAGCCCUGCAAGGAGGGAGUGUAUACGUUGGAAAUGGGAAAAAAGGGUACAUUCUUGGUGUUGGAAAAAUUGGAAAAUCACCCACUUACUCAAUUGAGAAUGUGUGUUAUGCCAAUGGUCUUAAGUACAGUCUCUUGAGUGUCUCUCAGAUAUGUGAUAAAGGAAAUAGGGUGGAGUUCUUGUCCAAAAUAUGCACAGUUACAAAUCUAGUAACUGGUGAAGUGGUUCUUAAGGCCAAAAGAUACAAGAAUAUCUACAUUGCUGAUUUAGAGUCCCUACAAAGUGGUGAUCUGAGCUGCUUGAAAGUAGUUGAUGAUGAUUUUGAACUGUGGCACAGAAGGCUAGGGCAUGCAAGAUUCUCUCUACUAAAUAAGCUGGUUCAGAAGGACCUGGUUCGUGGUCUGCCUAAGUCAAAGUUCAACGAGCACAAGGUUUCUGAUACCUGCGCUAGAGGAAAACAUGUAAAAUCCUCAUUCAAGCCAAAGAAAGAUGUAGAACCUCAAAACCACUUGAUCUUUUUUAUAUGGAUCUAUGUGGUCCUAUGA